AAGCCGUGUGUGUCCAUAUUUCAGUCUGUGUCUGUUAACGUGUCUGUUGUCCUAUCUGUGUCCAUUUUACAGCUGUGACCACUCCACAAUAAAAGGCAAAACCAGAUAUUCUCAUAACUACCGCAUGGCUCUUUAACAUCUCAAUCAGGCUUCCUUCUCAUACGUGACGGAAAGUGAACAGAUUGGUUUAUUUUUCUCAUCCAGAUUUCUCUCAGAAUUGACCAUUUGCCACCCACCCCAACAAACGGUCAUUUGAAUCUUUUACACGAGAUGUGUAUCGAUAUGACCUUAAUCAGGGUACUGGUUUGGUUACUCUUCCAGUGGGAUCUUUUCUGUGAGUUUGAUUUGUAGUCUGCUUCCUACAACCACUGGUGGAAUUCUGUAAUAUGGAGUAAUAAUCACUAAUAACAACCCCACCCCGUGAGAGAAAGACAUACACUAUGUUGGGGGAAAACAUAAAUGAUAUUUCAAAUGUGUAGCAUGUUGAUAUGAAUGCCGUUUGUUUCGUUUCUCAUGUGAUGUUUGCUGCGUGCAGUCAGUCGGUUAGAGGCAAUACAGACGAAUAUGAUUAAUACAUUUAUUUUGCAUUGCAUAAACAAUAGGGACUUUUGAGAGCCUGAAGAAACGUCCAUCAUUCACUGUUUUUUGAUGGUGGUUCGUGGAAGCUUUAUGUGGAGAGAAAUUUAGUAAACACCAAUCGGUGGCGUGUGCGCGCUAUGUGCAAAGAUGGGUCAUCUCGGAACCGCAGUGGCCGGCCCGCCUUGCCGGCCGUGACCGUCAGGAACCGGUCGCGUCGCUGAACGAAGCCGUUGGAAGGGCAGCCGCGCGCUACCUCGAGCGACUGUUUAAUUUGGGCGCGUACGCAUCCCGUCCCGCGUCUCCUCGCGCUUUUCAUACGGACGAUGUUCUGUAAAAUUUAGUGCUGACUGUUGUGUAUGGGUGUCAUUCACUGAUAUUCUUGCUGAUGUGGCCCUAUUAAAGGGGGGAGGGGGGGGGGUCUGUGGGAUUCGCCGAGAUGGAGAAUGAGCUUCUUUUGUCUUCAAGGCAUUUCCUAAAGUGCUGAGGUUGCAUCAUCUUUCUGCCGGUCUGCUGCAGCCGGAGAUCUGAAUUCAGAGCGUAUCCCAACUUUUCGUGGCGCCGGAGAAGGACGGAGGCAAAGAUCCGUGUGUUUCCAGAUCUGAACAGUGGGCAGCAGCUCUCGUGGCAUGACGACCACCAGCAAGGGAAGCAAGGCCUUGAAGGUUAAAAGGGAGCCAGGGGAGAAUGGGACCAGCCUUACGGAUGACGAGCUGGUGACCAUGUCGGUGCGGGAGCUGAACCAGCACCUGCGCGGCCUCUCCAAGGAAGAGAUCCUGCAGCUGAAGCAGCGGCGGCGCACGCUGAAGAACCGCGGUUACGCAGCCAGCUGCCGUGUGAAGCGCGUCACGCAGAAGGAGGAACUGGAGAAGCAGAAGGCGGAGCUGCAGCGCGAGGUGGAGAAGCUGGCCUCCGAGAACGCCAGCAUGAAGGUGGAGCUGGACGCGCUGCGCUCCAAGUACGAGGCCCUGCAGAGCUUCGCCAGGACAGUGGCCCGCGGCCCCGUGGCCCCCGCCAGAGGCCCCAUCGCCUCCGUCAUCGGGCCUCUCGUUCCAGGCAAGGUGGCCACCACCAGCGUCAUUACGAUAGUCAAGUCAAAAACGGACGCCCGGUCUUAGUAUCUGGGCCGAGCCUGAGAAGGGGUUGAGGGGGAGGGGGGGAGGGUGAGAGAAGGGAGGAGCUAAUCAGGCAGAACAUGGUCAAUGCUUCAUCACUGAGCACAGGAGGAAUCUAAUUGGUUUACCUUUGACGUCAAGCCCAGCCUAUCCCAAGCAGUCUCCCAACAAGCCAACAGAUGGGGGUGGGGUGGGGGGGCAAGCUGUUUGAGGUGGACCCACCACCAACCUGGCAGGCUACCCGCACAUCUGCCGAGAUAGAGAGGCUGGGACCUAUAGACAAAAGACCAGGGCAGCACGACAACCCACCUGGGUCUGUCGCUGAAAGCGAUGAACAUUUAACUGCCACAAAACAGUGGAGGACUAGAGCCCAGCUCAGACUGGCUGUCACCCCAGGCCAAAUCAUGUCGCAAAACGUCUUUUUGCAUUUGUACGGUUUUUAUUUUCCUUGUGGUGUUCAUAUGGGUCCAAGUGUAUCCUGAUUGUGAUGUUCCUAAGCCGUCUCAUGGCUCGUUCACAAUGCCGUAUUUCUGUGUGUUCUCGGCCCACAUUGUCCAAUCAACUUCUAACACUGUAACGCACCAGUAUCCCAGUACGGCCUCGUCUUGGCUCCUUGUGGAGCACAUGGACCUUUUGAGGGGUGAAACGACACUUUCUGCAAGACUUUUCUCACUCCGGUACACAACGUUGCAGAUGUAGCUCUCUUUGUGGAGGGAACGGACUAAACACCAUAACUGCUUCAGCUAAAAUCACUAUGUGUAUUCAUUACGUACAAAAUACCUGUGCGCAGUGAUUUGCACUGACCAGCUGUUCUCAGGAGAGCUAAAGGUUAAAAGCUGAUGGGAUUUUGACUUUGAGCAGCAGCUGUAGGAUAGGAUCCUAAGUUUUGGUUAAAAGAACUGUUUGCAUGAUUGGGGUUUUCUCUUCAGAAACAAGAAAAUAACGGGGCGUGCCACUAUUUGAAAGACUGGAAUGGUGUUAUUUAGGGUUCAGCAGUAGGGGGGCAAUAAUGUAUUGAUGUGCAGGUAAUAAUAAUAAUAAUAAUUAAUAAUAAUGAUGAUGAUGAUGGGUGUCGCUAAAAGGAUUUGUUUGGUUAAAUGUUUUCUGAUUGGAGAAAAGUGCUUGUUGCUGCUGGUUUCUAUAACUACGAGGUAUUUGGUCCUUCACUGGCAGAGAACAGCGACGUUCCUACGAUUUUCCGGAAUGUUCUUCACAAGCUCAAAAAGGGUUAGGUACUAUUUGACGCCUUUCAGAAAUUUGAAGAUUGUUCAACUGUGUACCAUCAAAGAUGGAGGUCACAAUUAUUUGAUUUGUGCUAGGUUUAAAAAUAGCAUUUUUUGUCAUAAAAAUGGGGACAGGCUGACCAAUAGACAUAUUCUCAAGCUUUACUAUAAAGUUAUUGGUGUCUGUAUUCUGAGGAUCUUUGUCCAUGUUCAAGUUUUGAUUUUAUAAAUACAUAGAGUAUCUUACAUUAUUUAUAAAAUCUUAAAAAAAAGAAAAAAAAAACUUGUUUGAUAUCUUUUUGCAAUUGUACCAAAAGUGGCUUACUAUUGAAGUCGAUAGCUUUUUCUAGUGACUAGGCGCGUACUGUGGACUAGCGCGUGGCGUGACGUGUAAGUGACAAGGUGACAGUAUUGUUCACUAUAUGGAUGUGAUGCUGUUCUUUAAUUUAGAGAAACUACAGGUGAUGUAAGCAGGGUCCCAUGGCCACCCCCCUAUCUCCUCCUUGUUCUCCUGACCGCAGUUGAUUUUGUUCCAACUUGUGUCCAGCCUGGGGGGGGGGGGGAGCGGGGUCCACAGGCACAUGCUAAUUCCAAGUGCCGAAUGCUACACCUGGACGUUACGCUGUACUAAUGGCUGUUCCUUCAGCCAAGGAAUAGAAGCUCGCUCCCUGACCCAACCCUGGCCCGCUGCGCUUUAGCCAACGUCUCACCUAAGCUGCUCCUUCGAAUCUACCGUACCUCACUGCUCCCCUGCCAGCCGGCUUGCUUUCAUUGGCUGUGCGUCGUGUGUAAACGAGCACCCACUCACUCGGCUCACCGGCGCGUAUGGCGAGGCCCCGGAAUCUGGAAGCCUUAGUGCAGUGGAGGGCUCGAGGUCAUUACGCCGGUGGUUAGUGCAAUGGACACCCCUGGGGGUGCCUCGGCAGUGUGUCUGUGUGACCCCUGACCCGUUAAUGCUGGCUUCUGUGUUAAGGUCCACAACCACUAGUAACCUUUUUCAGUUGAUGUAGUCUGGCAGGAGGAGUCUGUAUAACCUUCUGAUUGUAACGCCACCAUUAAAGCCUCAAUCUAAAGAAGAAAAAAAGCAAGGGAAACCACAAGAACAUAGCUACACGCAUCUGGACAAGCCAUGGGCAGAGUUACAUCACCUCUUAACUUAUUUUUGUGGUGUGUGAAUUAUUUUUGUGUAAAUCUCUUCGAUAUAUUCAAUGCAAAAAAGGAUCUAUUUUUGUUUUCGGUUUUGUUUCAGAAAUGCCGGUCGUGUGAGUUUCUGGCACUGCUGCACUGUAAAAUGAAACGAACAGACUCAAUGUAAUUUCUGUCCCCUGUCCAUGCAGAGGGGCACGGUUUUUUUUUUUUAUUUAUUUUUUUUUUAAAUCUGGAGCAGUCCAUUUAAUCUAGAAACAAAAUGGCAAGAGGUAGGGAUUCUGAGAGUUACUGCUGUGCAGUAUCGGUGACUGCUGUCUGCAGCCCUACAGAACCUAAGGACAGUCCAUACAGACACCUGCAUGUACGGCUCUGUUUUAGGUUAGCAUCUCCAGCACUCUCAGCUACUAUAAACAUUUUGCUCACCCCCCCUCCCGUCACAUUCCCUGCUCCCUUCAGUGUUUUGGUUUAAUUUACCAAAGUGAGUUAGGAAAUUGAAAUGAAUGAAAACAAGUGCGUAAUUUUAGUCCCAGGUUGCAUAGGCAGGCGAGGCGAUGGGAGUAUGAAGGAGGCCGUGCGUAUGCCGUCCAUGCUGGGGGAGGGGGCUUAGUGAGCCCUCUGUAUGUAAGACUGCCCUCCAGGUCGCGUCCCGCAUUUUUGCUGUCAAAGAGCGGUAUACUUAUGGUGGUUGUGGCUGUUUAGGAAAUAAAAAUAUAGGUCAAAAUACUACUGUGUGUGUGUGUGUGUGUGUGUGUGUGUGUGUGUGUGUGUGUAUGUGUAUGUGUAUGUGUGUGUCUGUAUACACAUUUGUAUACCCAUGCUACUGUGUUAAGGAACCUUCCCCUUGAGGAUAAGCUACAGCCUUGGGGGGGGGGGGGGUCCCCUUUGACUCCCCUGAGCCCUAGGAUGCUGGGGGAGGCUGGUCCCUCCAUAAGCCCCACUGGUGGAUGAAAGGGGGUUUUGAAAUGUUUAGUCUGAGACAUGGCAAGUGUGCCUGUCAGCUGCUCCACCUGGCGACCCAGAAAGUGGGGCCCUCAAAUCCCGCUCUCAAGUCGAGACACUUGGCCUUAACUGUGCGUGCGGCAAACUUGGGCGUCCGAGUGCAUCUUCAGAUUGCCUGUGAGGUUUAAGGCAGCCUUGCUGUUGGUCGUAACUUACGCUGCAUUUUUGAGUCCAUUUUUAUAUUAAUGAAUUUAAAAGUGCAAGGUUUUUUAUGAUCGAAAAGUACAAGCCUUUUUUGCCCCCUAGUUAAGCAUUUGAACACUGGAAAACAUACCUGAGGCAUUUGGAUUUAUACCUGUUUAUCUAUAUAUAUAUGGUUAGUAUUUUUUUUCCCUUCCACUUUGGGUUUUUAAUGAACUUCUCAUUUGACUGGUGAUCUGUGAAAUCGUUCGUAUGGAGUUUCCCCUAUGUUCUCUCUUGGCAUUGCUUUCGUAUCAGUGUUGCCGUUCUCUUUUUGCCGUGGCAGUCCUGUUGCGUGAACCCUGUGUGAACAACUUGUAAAGGUUUUAAACAAAACAAAAAAAGCGAAGCGCUCGUGUAACAUGAAUCGCCGCCGCCCGAGCCUUCGAGGACGGGUUGGUGUCUGCGUGUACGUCGUGAAUGUUGUGGACAAGUGAAUUUUUCCUUUUAUCCUUUUUUUUUUUUUUAAAUUAUGCAAUUCAGUGGGCUUCAGGGAUGAGACUGGAACUAUAGGCUUGGAUGCUUGGAUAAGUAUCGUCAUAAACGUCACAGAAGUCACUAGUUUUAUACGGAGCGCUUAUGUAUCUGUGACUCUUGUCAGAUCCUGUUAUCCCUUUACUUUCACCACGCUUAUCUGAUAUCCCCUCUCCUUCCUUCGAAUGCAGUGUCGCUCGGAUUACUCUGGCAGAAGCUGUUCUGCAACAGAUGGAUACCAGUCUGAACAGAUCUUUGUUUGAGGAACAAAAAGUUAACCCCCCCACCCGCAACUAUUUGUGUAUUAGCUUAUAACUAUAAAUAAUUUUCUGGCGCAGUGGAACGUUUUCUCGGCAACAACCGUGAUUCUGAACGCGAAGCACAGAUCUGACACCUCCACAUCUUAAGUUUGCUAGCAGGUCGGUGAAUAGACAUCAGUCCAGGCCAGGCCAGUCAAUGCUGGGUUCUGCACUCAUGUGACUAAGUGAAAGCUGUUUAGCCCCAGAAUUUUGGUUUGCAUGAUUGAACAGUAUUUUUUCUUUCUUGGUGUACAGCAUCAGCGUGUGGUACACUGUCAACUAAACCUAUCACAGAGGCAGGGUGAAUACCGUGGAUUAAUUUUCUUUGUAUUUUUACUAAUUUAUCUGGCGUGAGCUUCUACAGAAAUCUGUGUCCACUGUGAGAAGAUGCGACAGCAGAAGCUAAAUCCGAACGUUAUCCCACCCUUCAAGUCUUUGAUCUUGAUGUCAGCGUUUAAAGGAACUCAUGUAGCAGGCAAGCAGCUCCGCACCACGUUUAAGGCCAUAUAAUUAGCAGUGGCAGCUGAAAUACUUAUUGUAAAUGAACAGAAUUAUUCUUUUGUUUUUUGAAUAUGGGGGAAAGGGAAAGGGCUCAGACUCACUGGCGCUUUCAUUCAUUUUCUCGUGUUAAUUUGGGUUCCCACUUGAAUUUUUUUUUUCUUCUUCAUCGGGGCGACUGAGGUAACAGGUUUACUUGCUGGAUUCGGAGUACUGCACUGCACUGCACUGCACUUGUAGCUGCACAUUAACAUCCUAUGUUGCUGCUAGAACAGUCUUUACUUUGUGCUGUGGAAUUUCUGUGCUCGGAGGGGCUGACAUGAAACAAAACGUUUAGGACAGGGGGGUGGGAUAAUGGAAGCCCUUUUAUUGUGGAUAUCUGAUAUUUAUCUGAAUGGCGUUUUUGUUUUCUGUCCAGUUCUUUUGAAUAUGUUACAUAAUUUUGAUUCCAAGUGAGAUGUAAUGUUUGUCUUUUACUGAAGAAAUAGUUCAUUGGGACUUGGGCGAUAGCAAUCCAGGCUUCAGACUGCAUUUAAUUUGUUUAUUUUUUUUUUUUUAGUCAAACCACAUGUCUGUGUCAGUUGGUAAGCAUAUGACUGCAUAUGACUAUCUAGCUCUGCAGAGUCGGGUAUUUGUGUCUCCAAAGUAUCAAGUGAGAAAUUUUAAAGCUAUAAAAAGUAGUAACUUUAUGAAUAUGGUAAAUAAUGAUGAUAAAACUGUUUUUUGUUAUUUUUCUGUAUGGGGUGUUAAAUUAUGAUAUCACAGUGCUUUGUAUGGGGGGAACACAGAGGUAAAGUUGAUUUAAUUGUAAGUAUUUAUUAACUAAAUUAUUGUACUUUUUGCAAUCUGUAGAUAAGUAAUAUGAUGUAUUCGUAUAUAACAACCAUGAAAUUAACUGUUUCACUAUCAGUCCGAAGCGUCUUUAAUUUAUUGAUGUAUAUACUGUAUGUUGAUAUACAGCUUACUUUAUUUUGUAUAUGACCAAUAAACACAUUUUAAAAAAGA